GCCGCGGGAGUGUGUGGCGUGUCCCCAGGACCCCGGGCACCCGGCCGGCCUUCCGCCCCUUCUGCGCCACUUCUCUUCUCCUCUCCCUUGUCAGUCAGUCAGUCAGUCAGAGAACGUUGAUUUGGCACUGCCAUAAGCCAGGCGCAGUGCUGGGCUCUGGGGACACAGAGAGAGGCAGACACCGGCCCCUGGCUCUCCCCUCCCCCUCCCCCUCCGCCUCCUCCUCUGAAUAAUAACUAGCAUUGGCAUAGCUCUCUACCAGCAUCCCCUCCUUCGGGACUCACAGCAACCCAGGAGGUCUGCCUUUUAAAAGGUUUGUUUUUCCAAAAGAAAGAAGUAUGGAGGAGAAAGGAAUGGUCCCUAUGAUUCUAACAGCCAUAUGCCAGGAAUCAGUGACAUUCAAAGAUGUGGCUGUGGACUUUACCCAGGAAGAGUGGGGACAACUGAACCCUGCCCAGAGGCAAUUGUACAGGGAUGUGAUGCUGGAGAACUACAGGAACCUGGUGUCCUUGGGGCUUCCAGUUUCCAAACCAGAGGUGAUCUCCCAUUUGGAGAGAGGAGUCAUACCAUGGAUGCUGGAAAGAAAAGUCCCAAGAGAAGCCUGUCCAGAGUCCAUUAGUCGGGAGAUUAGUUGUGAAACCAUGGCGUCACCUUCAACGCAGAGCAUUUCUGUGGGAGAGCCCUUUGAGGAAGGACUCCGGAAUAAUGGUUCCUGGAUGUCUAAGCUAGGAGAAAUCUGGGAAUGUAAUUUCAAAUUAAAUCAAGAAAAGUGUUACCAGGAAAGGCAGUCCUAUCAAGUGACAGUCACCCCCAGAAAAGGUUCUACUAAGAUUAAUGUCAAUGAACAUAAUACAUUUGAAACAAACUUCAGCCUGGGACCAAUCCUUUUUGUCCAACAGGGAGUUAAUACAGAAGGAAGUCUGUAUGAAUGUGAUAAACCUGUAGAAAACUUUAAACAAUAUUCAGACCAAAUUAAGCAUCAUGGAAUUAUUUUUGAGAAGAUUUGCAAAUAUAAUCAAUGUAGGAAGUCAUUCUGUUAUCAUUCAGGUCUUAAUCAAUAUCAUGGAAAAUAUGUUGAGGAAAAAACAUCUAAUGGUAAUAAAUGUCAGAAAGUCUUUAGAAACACCUCAUCCUUUACAAAUAAUAAGAAAUUUCAUACUGCCGAGAAACCCUUUCCUUGCAGUGAAUGUGGGAAAGCCUUCAGCCAGAGAGGAAACCUCACUGAGCAUAAGAGAACUCAUACUGGAGAAAAACCCUUUGAAUGUCAUGAAUGUGGGAAGUCUUUUAGUCGUAGUGCACAUCUUAUUGAACAUAAGAGAAUCCAUACUGGAGAGAAGCCUUUUGUAUGUAAUGAAUGUGGAAAAUCCUUUAGCCGGAGUGGACACCUUACUGAACAUAAGAGAGUUCAUACUGGAGAAAAACCCUUUGAAUGUCAUGAAUGUGGGAAGUCCUUCUGCUGGAGCGGACAGCUUACUGAGCAUAAGAGAAUUCAUACUGGGGAGAAACCCUUUGAAUGCCGUGAAUGUGGAAAGUCUCUUAGCAACAACUUUUGCCUUACUCUACAUCAGAGAAUUCACACUGGAGAGAAACCCUUUGGAUGUAAUGAAUGCGGGAAAUCCUAUAGCCGGAGUGGACACCUUAUUGAUCAUAAGAGAAUUCAUACGGGAGAGAAACCCUUUGAGUGUAAUGAAUGUGGGAAAUCCUUCAGCCAGAGGGGACACCUUACUAAACAUCAAAGAAUUCAUACUGGAGAGAAACCCUUUAAAUGUAAUGAGUGUGGGAAAUCCUUCAGCCAGAGGGGAAAUCUUACUGAACAUGAGAAAAUUCAUGCUACAGUGAAGCCCUUUGAAUGCAACAAGUGUGGGAAAGCUUUCAGUCGAAAGUCUUACCUUCGUCUACAUCAGAGAAUUCAUCUCUUAGAGAAAACCACUGACUGUACUUGAUGGGGAAAGAGAUAUCCACUGUAGUUAUUGCCUUAUUUGAUAUGAAUAAGUGUGUGAAUGAGUGAAAAAACAGUAAGCCCUUUCUGUGUGUAAAACACUGUUGAUGAAGGGGAAGGAGGUUACAAAUAGAAAAUCGAGACAAUCCCUGCCCUCAAGGAGCUUAUAUUCUAAUGGGGGAGACAAACAUAUCUAGGAAGUUUCAGGUGUAAGUCAGAUGGAAAACCCCAGUGGUUCUUAGGAUGAAGCAACAAGGCAGAUGGUAAUACAGUUUCCUCAAUUUUAUUUUCACUUAUAAAACCAUAUCCCUUUCUGAUAGUGAACCACUUGACAUUUUUCAAUGUCUGAGAGUUGCAAAAGAUCUCAGAGGUGGCCUAAGCCAAUCCAUACCUUACCAGUAAUUCCUUCCACUUGUUAGUAAUUUUAGUAUGUUGCUAUGUGCUAUUAAUUCAUAUUUUAUUAAGUAUUUUUGGACCCAGAUACACUGGGGAAAUUAACACGUACAGGUCCAUUGAAAUAUUUUAAUCCAAGAGCUAGCUUACGCCAACAAGAAGCACAUGUGAUAAGAGCAGCUACAAAACAAGAAACCUGAUUCUAGCCACCUUCAUCUGACAUAUUGGAAGUUGUAGCAGGUUUAAGUAGACAGGUUAAAAAUAGGUUAGGGGAAUUAACUUGAAAAUGAAGAGGUCAAAAUAGCAUGCUUUGCAAAUGGCAUAUGUAAGACAUCCAACUAUUUCAACUAAAAGAUAAUAGAGACACUAUGUGGAAUCAGCAAGGUUACAAGAUAGCAGAUUAACCCUUGGUAUUCUUAACUCCUGUUUUCUAGUAGUGGAGAUCAAGAAUGUGUGUGGGGAAAAUACACACACACACACACACACCAUUUAUGAUAACAAAAUCCAUUAACUAUUUGGUAGUUAACUUAUCUAGAAAUAUAUAGGAUCCAUAUUAGGACAAAUAUAAAACUGUAAUGACUGAAAUAAAAGAAAUCAUUGAAGGGAGUAUUACAAUGAGUUCCAGAAAAUUACUACCCAGAAGGAAAAAAAUGAAAUAAGGCACUGGUCUUAGUUGUGGAGAUGAGAUAAUUUUUUUUUCCAUUCCACAGAUAAAAUAAAGAAAGACUAGGAAAAUUGACAAAUAUGACAUGUAAAAAAUUGACAUCUAGAAUGCAGAAGUAGUGGAUAAUGGUCAAAGAAUAUGAAGAGGCGGUUUUUGAAAUGGGAAAAGUUAAUAAUCGCUAAAGAAUUCAAAACAAUAUUGAUAAUUCCUUAUUACUACCAAGUUGGCAAAAAAAUAAAAGCAAUGCUGGCAGGCUUGUGGGAAAACAGGCCUAUUGCUGAAUCUUUUUUUAUGGCGGGCAAUCAACAUGUAGUAAAAAUUUAUAAAUGUAAUUACGUCCUUUGACUCAGUAAUUUCAUUAUUUGCAACAUGCCCUGAUAGUGUUGUCAUUAAUACAAAAUGUAUCUGUUGGGAAAUUUUCAUUAUAAGUGCCCCAUUAUAACUGGAAUGUAAAAUGUCGUACAGUAGGAUGAUGUUUAAUUAAAUUGUUGUUCAGUCA